AAUGAGAAGCAACGAAUUGCUGAUCACUGCGUUGCCUUCUCCGGAAAACCAUUUUCCCUGGAAACAAACGGUAAAGGGUUUUAGACCUUUGAGGCAGAAACUGAAAGUAAUCUGAUUGAUUACGAGAGAGAGAGAGAGAUUAAGUACGUGAAAAUAAAUGGGAGGGUUAAAGGGAAUAGUGAAGAAGGGAUUAGGAGAGAUGGCUUUCAACGCAGGAGGUGGAGUCAUCAACUGGUUUCCCGGUCACAUGGCUGCCGCCACCCGCGCAAUCCGCAAUCGCCUCAAGCUCGCUGACCUCGUCAUUGAAGUCCGCGACUCUCGUCAGAUUCCUUUAUCGUCUGCAAACGAAGAUUUACAGCCUCAGCUUUCUUCCAAACGACGUGUAAUUGCUCUCAACAAGAAAGAUUUAGCCAAUCCUAAUAUAAUGCAUAAAUGGGUUCAUUAUUUUGAUUCGUGCAAGAUGGAUUGCAUUCCAAUAAAUUCCAACAGCAAGAGUUCUGUUCAGAAGCUUCUUGAACUUGUGGAGUUUAAACUGAAGGAGGUGAUUUCAAGGGAACCUACUCUUCUUGUUAUGGUGGUUGGUGUUCCUAAUGUUGGGAAAUCAGCUUUGAUAAAUUCUAUCCAUCAAAUUGCACAUUCUCGCUUUCCUGUGCAGGAGAAAAUGAAGCGAGCUACAGUAGGCCCACUGCCAGGUGUUACUCAAGAUAUUGCGGGUUACAAGAUUGCUCAUCAGCCCAGUAUAUACGUUCUGGACACUCCGGGUGUAUUAGUUCCCAGUAUCCCAGAUAUAGAAACAGGAUUAAAGCUAGCUCUUGCAGGAUCUGUCAAAGAUUCUAUUGUAGGUGAAGAGCGCAUUGCUCAAUACUUGUUGGCUGUUUUAAAUACUCGAGGCACUCCACUUCAUUGGAGACACUGGAAUAACAGAAAAAUGGAAGGGAUUCGGUAUGAAUCUCAUGAUAAACAUGAAUACAAUCUGAAAGAUCUUCGGCCGAAGAGGAAGAAGCUACCAAAUGUGUCUGAUGUGCUGUAUGUUGAG